GGCACCGUCUGUCAUAGCGUUGGGUCAGUGGAAUGAAUAUGUUUUAGGGACUAAGGAACAUGACUGGACAGAUUAUUAGAAGACGCGUUCUGUCCGCUUAGAGAUUAAUCGUUUUUAAACUAAAAUGGACCUAAGGGGGCUACAAGAAAAUGGCGGCAGGUGCGGGGGACAGCUGAGGAAGUUACGUUCUGAUGCCGGUGUCAUGGCGGCUGUGUAAGGAUACAUGAAGACAGUUGAGGAUUGGUGAAAGUUGAUGUUCCUAUUUUAUUUUACAGAAGACAAGCUCUAUAAAGAAGGCAGAAUCUAGUCAGUACCCGGGUGGAGGUGUUCUGUAGCACACAAUGGAUGAAGAGAGUCUGGCAGCCGCCAUCCGGACCUACAAAGCUCAGCUAGAACAGGUCAGACAGACGGUGAACGCCGACUUGGACCCCUCACAGAGAGCCGACCUCCUCCAGCUUCAGGAGGACUUGCAGCAGCUGAUAGAACUGACAGAGUCCAGCCUGCUGUCUGUCCAGAAAUCCAACUUACUCUCCGCCCUCGAUGGUCCUUCCUCCUCCUCCUCACAGCCGGACGAUGAGUAUGAGGCUUUCAGGAGGGCCGUAGGGGAGCUGAGUAACGAAAGUGAGGCCACGGGGGCCACGGAUAGUAAAUCCAUUUGUUCGGGAGGCAGUGAGGAGGAGGUGGAGGAAGACGAAGAUGCAUCUAGCGGGAUGAAGGUCAGAGCCCCUUACUAUAGCACAUGGGGGACGUUGGAGUAUCAUAACGCCAUGAUUGUGGGCUCAGAAGAAACGGAGGAUGGGAGUCCGGGUGUCCGGGUUCUCUAUCUGUACCCCACGCACAAGGCCAUGAAGCCAUGCCCCUAUUUUCUAGAUGGAAAGUGUCUCUUUAAUGAAAGCUGCAGGUUCUCCCAUGGACAAGUGGUGCCGGCGAGUGAACUCCGGGUCUUUAAGGAGCCAGACCUCGACUCUCUCAGCAUUGACAAACCCUGCUUGGCCCGGCACAGCGAUGGCAUCUGGUACUCUGGGCGGAUUAUAGACAUUGACAACUCAUUCUACACUGUAAAAUUUGAUUCUUUGCUGCUGAAGGAAGCCGUGCUUGAAGCAGAUGCCGUCAUCCAACCGCUACGGGAAAGUGAAGACUCUUCGUCCGAUGAAGAUGAUGAGGAUGAAGUCGAGGAUUCUGGGUAUGCCCAAGUAUUGGCGGACAAUGAAGUGGUUGGACCUGGUCCCUGCAGUUCUGAAUUUGCCGGUUGGGAGGCUCACACACGUGGGAUUGGAUCAAAGCUUAUGGCUCGAAUGGGAUAUGAGUUUGGGAAAGGUCUCGGAAAGAAUUCAGAGGGGCGAAUUGAGCCCGUACAGGCCGUGGUCUUGCCAAAAGGAAAAUCAUUGGACCAGUGUUUAGCGAUCCAACAAAGGAAGAAAAAAGGAGGGGGCCGCCCUCCCAGAACCAGAAAAAAGCGAGCGCCCAAGAUGGCGGCGGCAGGCCGCGGGAAGCCCAACCGCCGCAAUGUGUUUGACUUCCUGAAUGAGAAACUGGAGGGCCAAAACCACAAGGGGCAACCCACAGGGACCAAAACCAAUCUAGAAAGGAAAGGCAAGGAAGUAUAUAAUGCCAGCCAAAGUAGCAAGCGGGCAUUGAGUAUUGAAUUGGCCAAGACUAUAGAGAGGACUCGGCAGAAGCAGAGAGAGAUUGCGCACAUUGCAGAGUCGCUGGCAAGGAAUGUAGGAAGUGAUAGCGUGAUGAUCACGCAGCUGGAGAAACGCCUCUCGGACGCUCGAUCUCAGCUUGCAGGUUUGCAGCAGGAAGAGCGAAGUUUGCAAAGAGAACAGAAGAAGGCAAACACACACAAAAAAAUGACUGAAUUUUAAUUUGUCCCAUAUAUAUAUAUAUAUAUAUCCCUGUACAGAAUCGUGCUUUAUACCUAUGUAUCAAACUGUUCAUUGCCCCAGUUUGUAAUAUUUGUUUCUGAAACUGAGAAUAAACCGUUUUUUAUACUCCCA